CUCUCUCUCUCUCUCUCUCUCUCUCUCUCUCUCUCUCUCUCUCUCUCUCUCUCUCUCUCUCGGCGCGAAUUAGUCAGCUCGUGUCGCAGGUAAGUGCCACUAACUUCGUUCCUUUUCAGGCAGUCGAUAAAUCGCGAGUGUGAUAAAGACGAAAAGAAGAAGAAGAAGAAGGAAAUAAACAGAUAGAAUAUACUCACGAAAAAAAACGCCCACCCUAAAUGGGACAAGCGGUCAAGCAGCCGAGGAGCCGACGUUCGAGAAUGGAGGGGGAGGAAGAAGAAGAAAAGGAGGAGGAGGAGGAGGAGGAGGAGAAGCCAGCGCGCAUGCGCCCAGUGAAUCAACAACGCUUGAGGUCGACCCGAGGCCAGUCGGACCUACGCAACCCGAAGAAGUCCAAACGGGACGCACUGAAGAAGCAGCAGCAGGCGUGGACGCUCCUGCCCCUCCUCCGCGAAGACCGCGAUAAGCUGGAAGGCUUCGUCAAGACGAUGAACGACGACGACAACGCUGACGAAGGCGACGAAGACGAGGAUGAAGAAGAAGAAGAGGAGGCGGAAGAGGGUGACCUGCUACUACUCCGACGACCUCCUCCUCCUCCCCCCACCCCCCGCAACAAUUACUGUCGACUCAGGAUCGACGAGGAAGACGAUGCGGAUUUCGACGACGACGACGACGACGAGGACGAAGGCGACGCCGACGGGCGAAACGUGAACGUCGAGACCGACGACAACCUAGAGAACUUGCAGAAAGUCUACAGCUGCAAGAUGCAAAGUGUGGAGUUGUUGUCCUCGUUACGUCAGUCUGCUGCUGCUGCGGCCUCCGAGGGUGGCGGCAGUAGUAGUAGUAGUGGCUGUGUGAGCGCUGUGGGCGGCCGCGGGUGCAGUGAUGUGAGUAGGGGUGGACUGGCCGCUGCCGCUGCCUCUUCGUGUCCUGCUGCCCCAGUCGUAGUAGUAGACGGACUGGCCCAGCCAGGGCCGGUGCGAGUGUGCCACCUUCCUCCGCCCGACUCUUCCUCCUCCUCCUCCUCAUCACCAGCAGCUGCUGGUGCUGCCAAUCCUUCGGCGUCGUCGGAUCACUUCGUGUCUGAGGGUGGCGGCGGCGUCCCCGCUAAAGCCCCCUUGCAACAGCAGCAGCAGCAGCCCCUGCAGGCCGAGACUUACAUGAGCGAGGGGGACCACUACAACCUCGACCAGCUGUUGGAUUUCGCGUCUUCGUUCCACUACGACAAGAGGAGCUACCUGACGGAGGAACCUAUGGCGAUGGCUCUCCCCAUGGAGGAGGAACGCCCGUCUACCCCAUCCAAGGAAGACGCAGCAGGACCCGAACCCGGGUACGCCACCGUCAGGAGGCGAUCGGCGACAGUCAUCGAAAAAGUGAAAAGUGGCGCUAAUCCCGGCCCUCUCCUGAAGGAGGUGAAGCAGCUCUCCGUCACGGAGGCGCCCGAAGCUUCCCACUCGGCGACUCUCACUUACACCAGGUCCUCCUAUUACUUCUCCGGGUCCUUAGACGGCGGUCGCAGCCAAUCCCUCGGAGCAGGCCUCAACGCCGCCGCUGCCGCGAAUAUGGCUCGAUCACCUGGCAGCCCCAUUGGCAGCCUCUAUGCUUCCAGCAGUGCCUCCAACAUCGGCACUUCCUCUUCCUUGGAGGCAGGGCUUCCCUUGGUUUCUGUGUAUACUCCUCGGUCUUCCCUUGUAAGGCUCAAUAGUAUAGAACCGAACACUAUUAUGCUGUCUGUAGCAGACAUGCCUCAACUUUGGGACAUAACAACGCAAGAAAUUAUUGAUGAAUUAGAACAGCAAGCAGAAGGAACUUUGGUAGCUAUUCGAGGUGUUCGUGUUGUGGGAAGAGCAGCAUAUAUCAGCUUGGGUCGGCGUGAUGCCCUUCAGCAACUAUUAACAAGUGGUUUGACAGUAAGGGGAGGCAAGGUACCUCUAAUUGACAUUACCAGAGAGUCAGUAGUGCUAGCACUCACGGGAGUUCCACAUUAUAUUGCGGAUGCCACUUUAGUCAUUCUGUUAUCGGCCUUUGGCACAAUCAUUGGUGAACUCGAGCGAAGAUUUUAUAAAGGUGUUGAUACAGGUGAGAGAUUUGUUCGUAUGAAACUCAAGAAGCACGUGAAGCUUCCUAAAUACGUGACUGUUGGGGGAUGUCGUAUCGUCCUCACUGUUCAAGGGCCCGAUGCCCCUGCCCAGUUGCAUGUGCCUGAUUGGAGUGGUAAAUUGGCAUCGUCAAGUGCCCCUCCUCCCACUCCCCACGGGGGCAAUGUUUCUCUCCCCACCGAUGUUUCUCAUAACGAUGUAUCGACUCAGUUGUCUCAAGACGGCGGUCAGUGUUCGGAGCAUCCUUCGAGUGACAAAACUUGUGACCGCGUCGACGGGAGAGAUGUAGUGGGAGGAGGGAGCCGCCCUGAGGCCAAUAUACAGACCGAUUCCCGUAUGGCCUCGAAACCCACGAAAACAUUUUCUAGCAGGUGUAUAGUAAACUUAAAACUGCCCGAAAGACCCUCGCCCACCAGUGGUUUGCCUCGCGCUCGCGACGGAAGUGUUCCUCGUGACCCUGGGGGAGCCGGAGGAGGAGGAGGAGGAGUAGGUGGAGGUUUAGCAGUCAGUACAGGGAACGCCUCCACUCCCCUCGGUGCCGGACACCUCCUUCGAACGGGAUCUCUGUAUCGAAGUAAUCGGGGUGGAGAGACGCCCACCACUCCAUGUAGUACUAGUGGCGGUUCCCCAGUGAGUGGGCGGCGGCAUCCGCGCCUCAUUCCCACCGAUUCCAGGGGACCUGAAUCUCCAAGGCCCCGGCCCAAUUCCGUCGUUUUCGAGGAGCAGCCUCGCGAGGUUCCGAGCGGCGGCCCCCGGGGUUUGUUAACGCCCCAGUAUCAGCAGCACCACGGCCACCCGUGCUCCUCUUCCCUGGGGCCGAUCCCCCUGGCGAACGGCAUCCUGCGGAAGGCCUCCGGGUCGGAGCAAGAGGCCCUCAUACCCACCAGCCACAGCCUCCCGGCCGCCAUCAGGAACCGCCUGAAGAUCGGCCGCAGCAUGUCCUGCGACGCCGGGAAGCAGAAGUUGGCCGCGGAGAAGGAAAAGAAGAAGCUGAGCAAGAUGGAGAGCAUCAGCGAGAACGCCAUCAACGACGACGCGAGCGACAUCACGCCCCUGGGCGCUGGCGCUCGGAGGGACUCCGAGAAGAGCUCGGUCAGUGCCAACAGCAAGAGUAGCAGCAACACCAACAAGAAGAAGGAACCCGCCAUUGACCUUCCGUGGUGCGGGUGCUGGGGCAAUGGCUGUUUCUAGUGGGUCAGUCCAGAGCGGAUUGAAUCGGAAAUCAUUCUCACGAUGACUUCCCGAAGAAGCGAAUUCUAAGUGAAGUUUUUCAGAUUUCAAAAAAACAGAAAACCCAAACACUGUUGUCAUUUCCAUCCUUUCUAUUCAAGCGUCUUGAUUUUCCGAUUGAUAUUUCUCUCGGUAGUAUUCAUCACAUAGAGUUCCUCGUAGAGUAUAAUUAUCAUUGAUUAUCAAGGAGAAUCUCGUAUUAACGAGAUAUCUCAAUGAGCUCCUGGCUUCGACGUAUCUUUUAAAGUAGGCUCUUCAAGAAUGAGAGAAUGGUUGACGAUGUGAUGUUGACUAUUGUCAUUUCGAUUCUAACCUCGUUUCAGAAAUGUUUUUACAAAAAUAAAAAUAUACGUAAUCAGUCAGUGUGAUGGUAUUCAAGAGUGGGAGAGAGGAAUAAUGAGUUUUGUAAUUAUUCUGUUAUUUGAAUUGUCGUGUUUUAUUGUACUUGUGUCAUCAGAUUUGAAGUUUUAUUGUGUAUGUUUGCCUUCGUUAUGUGACUGAACGGGAGAUUAAUCCAUCUGUGCAGUGAGAACCAAAACUAAAUGACAAGAGAUCGUGUGGAAUAUAUAUAUAUAUAUAU